AUGGCUGUGACAUAUAGCCUUAGUCCGUCCUAUAUUCAGGGCCCGUUGGUGGCGGCAACGGUCUUCGGCGCCCUGGCAACCAUUGCUACUAUUGUGCGCCUAUAUGCAAUGCAUCUCAAGGCACUGAAGCCUGGACUUUCCGAGCUCUUCAUCCUGGUGGGAGUGCUGUUGAUGUAUGGCGCUCUCGCUCUACUCUGGAUCAUGAUUAAGUAUGGAGGUAUGGGUCUCCACGUGGAGGAUGUUGCACCGCAAUCCAGGGUUAUAGCACUGAAGUCGCUUUUGACCGUGGAGAUUCUCUAUGGUACUUCGCUCGGAAUGACCAAGACUUCGAUCGCUCUGUUUAUGGUUCGAAUUUUUGGAUCUAACGGUACCUUCAAAGCCGGUGUUAUUGUCGCCCUAUUCAUUGUUUGGGCAUGGGCAACCAGCAUCAUCCUCGAAUGCUUCUUGCUCUGUCGACCGUUCAUCUACAACUGGGACACUUCCAUCGAGGGCCAUUGCGGAAAUCGCCCGGCAGCCUUUAUGGUCGCUGGCAUCAUGAAUGUCAUAACCGACGCGAUGGUUAUAGGACUGCCUUUACCUCACAUUUGGAAGCUAAAGCUUAACAUGCAAAAGAAGAUUGGACUUACCUCAGUAUUUGGUGUGGGACUUGUAAUUUCUAUUAUUAGCAUCAUUCGCCUUAUCUCGAUCUACAAACUCGACUUUGAGGACCCAACAUUCACCUUGCUCGAUCCCAUCAUGUGGACUGUUCUGGAGCCUCAAUUAGCCAUCAUCUGCGCCAACAUGCCGUUCUUCAAGACUAUCAUCGCCGCCAUCGCGCCUGGGAUAGGAUCUUCCGCCGACCGGAAAUACGGCCGAUCUUCAGAACGGACUUUUGACCGCCUUGGACAGCAGUCAGCUACCAAUGGCAAUUACAGCAUGGACCCGUUGGACGCAAAGACACAUACAGUCAAAGUUGGUAACGAUUUUGAGUCAACGGAAAUGAUCAAUGUGGAUGUCAAGUCCGUCAGCUCGGAAGAAGAACAGCGCUUGGCCUCGAAUGCGGGCCCUUACGGGAUCAGUGUUGUUCAAAAGUUCGACGUAGAGUAUGAGAACGCGAGCAUUCGGAAGCAAUGA